AAUUCUUUCAAAGCAGAAUUAUUACUUUCCUAUCUUCAUCUUCAGUUGAAAGUUUUUCAAAUACAAACUAAAAUGGCAAAGAAUGUGAGUUUAGCUUCAGUGGACCAAAAACUAGCCAUGGCUAAGCGUUGCUCUCAUGAAGGAGUAGUUGCAGGAGCAAAAGCAGCAGUUGUUGCAUCAGUUGCAACUGCCAUUCCAACUUUGGCUUGUGGGAAGAUGUCACCUUGGGCAAGAGCUAAUCUCAAUCCAACUGCUAAAGCACUCAUUGUCUCUACAGCUGCUGGAAUGGCAUAUUUUAUUGUAGCAGACAAGACUGUUCUUGCAACCGCAAGGCAAAACUCCUUCAACAGGGCUAAGGCUCAACAAUUGAAUCACUAAACUCUUGUAGUAUUUUAGCACUAAGUUUUAUCUGAUAUCAACAUUACUGUAAUCCCCGUUUUAAGUACAGAAUUACGCGAUUGAUACGAGAGGUUGGCUCAGUUGAUGAGACGCUUCCGUGUCCAAUCAGUAGGUCAGAGGUUCGAGUCACGUGGGAUAAGUCGAAACCUCUACUGAUCCCCUGCAAUAGUGCAUAGUGCACACCAAAAAAAUGUCAUUCCGUCUAUGUAUUACCAGCAUCAAUAUCUAUUAUUGUGAAUAUAAUAAAGUUGGUUUUUCUCUAACAA